CGCCGUACAGCAAAGGUCUACUUCAAAAUAGAGUCAAACGCGAAAAUGAUGUUGAGUGUAAAACUGAUGUUAGCUCUCAGCCUGCUGGCCACGUUGUCCUCUUUGGGGUAUGCCAUUAGGUGUCAUCAGUGCAAUGAUGUAUUUGGUCCUGAAAACUGCGGAGUGAAUGAUGAGCACGUUGUAAAAUGCGAAACCGCUGCCACCGCUUGCAUAAAAUAUUCAUUCGUUGUUAACGAUAAAAACUUGGCAGCUAAAGACUGCUAUUUCGGGGACACCGAGGAAAAGAAUAUUGUCUGCCACUCGCCUUUUCUACAAGCUGUUGCCGAUCUGAGCUGUGACAUCUGCCUCGGAGACAAGUGCAACGGAUCCUCCUCCCUGGGCCCCAUGGUCGGAGUUAUUCUCCUCUUCUUCGGAGUAGCUGGUCUGCUGGCCUAGAUCUACAUUAAAAUAAGAAUUACUUUUACAAAUUUUAAUUAUUACGAGAUCUUUUUAUCCAUGUUAAUCAACCUAAAAACGACAAUGACGUUAUGUAACGCAAACCUUAUAAGGGUGCUGUGCUCCACACAAUUUAUCUUAAAAUAAAAUUCUAAGGCAUAUCAAAUACGGCA